CGUACGCUGUGACGCAAAAUGUGCGCGACGCGUCGAGUGAACAUGAGGGAGAAGUGUGUUUUUACAGUCAACAAGAGAGAUGAGAAAUAAAUGAUUGUAUUUUAUCAGUACUAAAGUAUUAAUGCUUUCUAAACUCUAGGAAGCAAAAUGGCGAACACAAGCCUUCGGUUUAAAACAAAUUAUGCUGUGUCCAGCAAAAUCGAACCUUUCUACAAAGGAGGGAAAGUGCAGAUCAGCAAAGAUGAACAAUACAUAUUUUGCACAUGUGGAUCACGUGUCAAUGUUUUGGAGAUCAGCACAGGCAAGAUUGUCCACUGUGUAGAACAUGAUGAUCAGGAGGACAUCACAUCAUUUGCAUUGAGCUCUGAUGAUGAGUUUCUGGUAACAGCGAGUAGAGCUUUGUUGCUAAAGCAAUGGGAUUGGAGGCAUGCAAGCUGCACUCGCUCCUGGAGGGCCAUCCACACUGUUCCUGUGGCUAGUAUGACCUUUGACUCCACCUCUACUCUCCUGGCAACAGGUGGUUGUGAUGGUACUAUAAAGCUAUGGGAUGUUGUGAAGCAGUACUGCACUCACAAUCUCAAAGGAUCAUCUGGUGUUGUUCACCUGGUUCAGUUUCACCCAGACAUCAGCCGCCUGCAGCUCUUCUCCUCCUCCCUGGACUGCGGCAUUCGGAUGUGGGACCUGCGCUCCAGUCAGUGUGUGUGUGUGCUGCAGAGCCACUACAGCUCCGUCACUUCCCUCAGCUUCAGCGCUGAUGGGGGCACCAUGGUCAGUUCUGGAAGAGACAAGAUCUGCACAGUGUGGGACCUUAAAACUCGCCAAGCGAAGAGAACCGUCCCUGUUUACGAGGCUGUUGAGGGAGUGGUACUUCUUCCCAAAGAUUCAGACUUAUCACAGCUGGGAGUGAAAAGCAAAGACUUGCACUUCAUCACCGCUGGAAGCAAAGGUAUUCUCAGAGUGUGGGAUGCAAGCACUGGUCGUUGUGUCUACACCCAGAAGGCCCCCUCCACCCUCAGCUCAGCCACAGAGGAAGCUGAAGAACAGGACGACAGCCCUUUCAGUCUGACACACCUGUUCUACCUGCCCACCUCCCACAGAGUGGCCACCGUCACUGCAGAACACAACAUCCUUCUCUACCAGCUGCCAGGACUCACCACACAGCAGCAAUUUGUGGGCUACAGUGAUGAAGUGCUGGAUGUGAAGUUCCUGGGUAAAAACGACAGUCACAUUGUGGUAGCCACAAACAGCAGCCAGCUGAAGGUGUUCGAGCUGCUCACCAACAGCUGUCAGAUCCUCUUCGGUCAUACAGAUACUGUCCUCACCUUGGAUGUUUUUAAAAAAGGCUUUGUCUUUGCAAGCUGUGGAAAGGACAGGUCAGUGCGCGUGUGGCAGAUGGACAGCGACAGCGGUCAGGUGAGCUGUGUGGCUCAGGGCACCAGCCACACCAAUGCUGUGGGAUCCAUCAGCUGCUCCAGGAUGAAAGCCUCUUUUGUUGUGACUGGCAGCCAGGACUGCACUGUGAAAGUGUGGGACCUGCCCCCAGAUCUGUCUUCUGGAGACGUCUGUCAGCUGACACCCCGCACCACAGAGAAGGCUCACGAUAAGGACAUAAACAGUGUUGCGGUUUCACCUAACGACAAACUCCUCGCCUCGGGCUCUCAAGAUCGUACCGCCAAGCUGUGGUCUUUGACGGGAGAGGGGAAUGUUUCCCUGCUGGGGGUGUUUCGCGGCCACCGCCGUGGCGUUUGGAGCGUCAUCUUCUCUCCCGUCGACCAGGUUCUGGCCUCCUCUUCUGCAGACGGAACUACCAAGAUGUGGAGCCUGCAGGACUUCAGCUGUCUCAAGACGUUUGAAGGUCAUGAUGCAUCGGUACUUAAGUGCAUCUUUGUGAGCCGUGGCACUCAGCUGCUCACCAGUGGCUCAGAUGGUUUGGUAAAGUUGUGGACCAUAAAGACCAACGAGUGCGUGAAGACUCUGGACGCUCACCAGGACAAAGUGUGGGGUCUCCACGCCAGCCGCAAGGACGACAAGAUGGUGACCGCCUCUGCAGACUCCAACAUCACAGUGUGGGCUGACGUGACAGAAGCAGAGCUUGCAGAGGAGCAGGCCAAGCAGGAAGAUCAAAUCCUGAAGCAGCAGGAGUUGUCCAACCUUCUCCAUGAGAAGAAGUACCUCAAGGCUCUGGGUCUGGCCAUUUCUCUGGAUCAGCCUCACACGACGCUCACUGUAAUCAAAGCUAUUCGUAGCGGAGAAGAUCGCUGCGAGCUGCUGGAGAACACCUUACUGAAGCUGCGUGUCGAUCAGAAAGAGUCGCUCCUGCGCUUCUGUGUGGUGUGGAACACCAACGCCAGGAACUGUCAGGACGCUCAGGCUGUCCUCCAGGUGCUCCUCACACACCUGCCGCCCGAGGAGCUGCUGCAGUACCAGGGAGCCCGGACCCACCUGGAGGGUCUCAUCCCAUACACAGAGAGACACAUGCAGAGAAUCGGCCGCCUGCUGCAGGCGUCCAUGUUCCUCAACUACAUGUGGCAGAAAAUGAGGGUGGCUGGAGCGCCGACCAGCAUGAGCAACGAUGAAGAAAUGGACACGACUCCUCUUGCACAAACUGUCUUCUUCAUUGACAAAGACAAAACGUCGGGCGGCGCUCCCGAUGAACAAAACCAAGAGGAGGACAGCGACGGCGAGGCUGACGAGGAGCCAAACAGCCACAUGGAGCAGGAUGAAGACGACGGGGAGGAAGUCAGCUCUGCCAGGAAAGCAUCGACCAACACGCAGGAAGUAAAAAAGGAAGAGAAGAAGAAAAGAAAUGGUGUUCAGCUUUCUGAAAGCGAGGACAGCUCUGAGGAGGAAAUCCUGGAGGAUGACCAGACAACUUCAGGAACUGUAGAAGUGAUGAAAAAGCUCAGGGUUUUUCCCAGCACACUGCCCCAGAUCGUCAGCUGAUGGAUCGUAGCAGAAAUAAAAGGAAACCAUUUCUUUUUUUACCCUGAUAUAGCAGAUUAAAGCUCUUUUCCGUAAAAAUC